AUGGAUAUAUUGGAGCAAUUAGCUGCGGCGUAAGUUUUAUUUGUUAUUGUUUUGGUUUUUAGGAGAUUCAAACGAGAUUUUUUCAAGUUUAUUGGAGGGUCUGAAGUGCGUAAACCUUGAGGGUUUUAAAAUUUUGGGUUUUAGUUUCAAACCCCAGGAAGAAGCUCUAGAAAAUGGUCCUCAUUCCUCAUCUGAACCAUUAUUAGCUGAAGAGCAACAUUCCGAACAACAUCCAGAGACAGAAGAGCACCUCGAAUCUGAUCAGCUACAAGAAGUGGCACAACAUUCACAAGCGGAUCCCACACUUGAACAAAUCUUGUUUAAUUCACUUGAUCCUGUGUCUUCAUCUUCAGCUACAGCUUUAAUUACAGCCUCAACACCAGUAACAUCAUCAACAUUGGGUACAGCUUUUACAAUACCAACUACACCAAAAAGUGUUAAUCUUUAUGGAGUGAAAAGGGAUCAGCUGAGGACAAUCAUCUACUACCAUUACUUGAGGAAAGUGCCGGCUGCUCAAACGGCCAAAGAGAUUUGUGAGACGUUGGGCGAAGGGAUUACCUGCUACAAGACGGUAAAGUCGUGGUAUAGCCAGUUUUCUAAAGGCCGUACUGUAGCCGAACUGGAGGAUCAACCAAGGUCGGGUAGAAAGCGUGGAUUCGAGAAUGAAGCUUUGGUUAAUGCUGUCGAAGCGAAUCCAAGGCAAACAACGCGAGAACUGGCAGCUCAAUUGAAUGUGGCAAAAUCCACAGUAAUUCGUCAUCUACAACUAUUAGGAUACGUGUUUAAGGAUGGCCAAUUUGUUCAUAAAAAGAGUCCGAAGAAGGAGAAGGGUCAAAAUGGCAAAGACAAAGAGCAAAGUGAUAAGGAUGACAAUCAGAAUAAGGAGGAAGUGAUGCCACAAGAGAAUUCUUUUGAUUAUUACGGGUUAUUUAGUAGUGUUACAUCUUAA